AUGAUAAUGAUGAAAGUCGAAGUAGAUUAUUUGCUUGAUUCAAAUGAAGUAGAGAAUGAAGGAAUAAAGAAUGAUGGAGAUAAGAGUCAAAAAGAAGGUGAAACUGAAGUAAAAGAGAAAGAUGGAAAGAACUAUAAAAAUGACAAUGAUGAAGAGAAAAAAGAUGAUGAUGCUGAAGAAACAAAUAAUCAUGAAGAGAUUAUUCAACAAACUGAAAAUGAAAAUAUGUUAGAUAAAGUUGUUGACAACAUUGUGGAUACUGUCAUUGGAAUUGGAUUUUUAAGUUUAAAUAGUCAAGAAGAUGAAUUCUAG